AAAAGGUGUCUGCUUUUUACGUUUUCUUCUUCAUAGCAAUGGCGGAUUGGGCUCCAGUUCUCGUCGGAGUUGUAUUAUUCGUUCUCCUUUCCCCAGGUCUCCUUUUCUCGUUGCCCGGACAUCACCACACUCUCCAAUUCGGCGGCAUGAAAACCAACGGCAAAGCUAUCGCCGUUCACACACUCAUCUUCUUCGCUGCUUACACGAUCUUGAUCCUCGCUGUCAAUCUCCACAUCACAACCGGCUGAUUUAUAGGGCGAAAUAAAGGUAACCCUUUUGCUGAAUCUGAGUUCUCUUCUAGGAAUCUUCUGAGAUCUGGAACUCUGUUUUUAGGGAUUUGUAUACUUUACUCUGUUCUAUAGUUUGUGUUAUGCAUUGAGUUUUUACUGAAAAUGUAAUAAUCAUUAAGCUUGUAUUGUUGUGAUUAAGUUAUAAUGCAAAAAUUGAUGUUUGAUUCCAUCUCUGCUAUUGAAUUGUGGAAUACAAAUUACAGAUUUUU